UUUAUUCAUAAAAUUUUAAUUGCACACUAAAAAUGUAGAUAUAAAAUAUGUUAACUUUCCUCUUUUGCAUUAAAAUAUAAUAAGGGUUGCAAUUAUUUCAUUUAUAUAUAUUUGCUUUGACGAAAUUAGCAAAACAAUCGUGAUCAUCUGCGUUAUCCCAUGAAUUCGUUACUUUUAUUUAAUAGUUAAUCCAUAUGACAUAAUUAAUUUGAAUAUCAAUUAAUAUAAUUUUAAAAGAUUUUGCUGAAGUUUACUAAAAAUCUUGAAUUCGUCAAAUAUCAAAACGUCAUUAAAUAGCAAACGCUUUAGUCGAUUUUCACUAUGACCAGUCCAUAGUCUAAAAGUCUACAACUCUUGUUAUUGUUAAUGGCAAUUAAAUAGUAUAUUUUUCAUGGCAGCAUUUAACCGGAAGUUAGUCAUGAAAUGUAUUAAUUAAACACAGUAUUUAAAAUGAAAUAGGCUUGUUUCAGAGUAUCAUAGAAUUGUCCUAGAAAAAUAAGAAAGAAAAAAAUAUAUAACAUUCUUAUUAAGGAUAAGAUUUUAAAAUAAAGUAUACUGUGAUUGUUUCUUCACAUAUUUGGCAAAUUGCCAUGAACUUCCGGUACAAGAUAAAGACACACGCGGAUCUAUUGAGAAAAGAACGCGAAUAUUCAUAAAUUUAACUGGAAAAGAAAGACUUAUUUAAUAAAUUUACACUGUCUGUAUUUAAUAUGUCCAAUAACGGUGCUCCAGACUCUUGGGAAAGUCAAGCCGAUGUCAUAAGUGAACAAGGUGCAAAAGAUUCAGACGAUGUGUCUGCAAAAUUUUCCACGUUGAAUGUAAAUGCCGUGGAGUUCGUGCCUUCUUUUUGUAAACCAGAUGGUUCUGAGGCUUCCGACAAAUCUGAAACCCCCACUACACCUCAAAAAUCCGAAAGUGGUUCCACAAAUUCCGCCGGGAGUCCUGUCUUAAAUGGUUGUGGUGAUGGAGGUGGAGAAAGUGGUGAUGGGCGGGCAGCUUCUGCCUCGCCUCGGGUAGAGGAGCCGCCUCCCGUGCCGCCCGCCGCCGGCACGCCCGCAUCCGGUACCCCUGCCGUAGGCACGCCGGCCGCCGGCAGCCCGGCCUCGGGCACGCCAGCACACGGCACUCCCGCUGCCGGCACACCCACCGCCGGCACGCCCGAUGCUCCCUCACCCGCUGCCACCACUGCCACUUUGCCUGUACCAUCCGAUGUAUCCCCCACUGCUGACAGCUGGGAAGCUGAAGCUGACGAUGCCUUGCUGACCCCUGAAGAAAACAACGAACAGGAAGAUGAGGAAAUUGAACAACAGGAGGAUGGUGAGACAACAAAGAAAAUUCCCAAGAAAAAGCCACCUCGUGUAGAAGACACUUGUAGCAAAAAGGAACACGUAAAUGUUGUAUUCAUAGGACAUGUAGAUGCUGGAAAGUCUACUAUUGGUGGUCAAAUUAUGUCUCUGACCGGCAUGGUAGACAAAAGAACAUUGGAAAAAUAUGAGAGAGAGGCACGAGAAAAGUCUAGGGAGUCCUGGUACUUGUCAUGGGCACUUGACACAAAUCAAGAAGAACGUGAUAAGGGCAAAACUGUUGAAGUUGGUAGAGCAUACUUUGAGACUGACAAGAAGCAUUUUACAAUACUGGAUGCUCCUGGCCAUAAGAGCUUUGUACCAAACAUGAUUGGUGGAGCUGCACAGGCAGACUUAGCCGUCCUGGUCAUUUCAGCACGUAAAGGUGAAUUCGAGACUGGCUUUGACAGAGGGGGUCAAACUCGGGAGCAUGCUAUGUUGGCCAAAACUGCCGGUGUGAAACAUUUAGUUGCACUUGUCAACAAAAUGGACGAUCCAACAGUUAACUGGGAUGAAAAAAGAUACAAUGAAUGUCGAGACAAGAUUAUGCCUUAUCUUAAGAAGUUGGGUUUUAAUCCAGCGAAAGAUUUGUCUUUCUUACCUGUAUCCGGCCAAACUGGACAAGGUCUUCUUCAAAGAGUAACUGAAGAAAUCUGUCCUUGGUAUCGUGGUCCAUCAUUCAUUCAACUCAUUGAUGAGCUGCCCUCAUUGAACCGCAAGAUGGAUGGCCCAUUCAUCAUGCCCGUCGUCGAUAAAUAUAAAGACAUGGGUACUGUACUCAUGGGAAAAGUCGAAGCUGGUGUUACCCGUAAGGGCAGCACGCUAUUCCUUAUGCCUAAUAGGGUACAAGUAACUGUAGAUCAGUUAUGGUCGGACGACAUCGAAGUAACAUCUAUUGGUCCUGGCGAAAACGUGAAAGUCAAGCUCAAAGGAAUUGAAGAGGAAGAUGUAUCCCCUGGUUUUGUCCUCUGUGACACGGCCGAACCUAUCACCACUGGAAGGGUGUUCGACGCUCAAGUUGUGAUCCUUGAACACAAGUCCAUUAUCUGUGCGGGUUACUCAGCAGUAAUGCACAUACAUUGUGCAGCUGAAGAAGUCACUGUAAAGGCGCUUAUCUGUUUGGUGGACAAGAAGACUGGUGAAAAGUCGAAGACGCGGCCGCGUUUUGUUAAACAGGAUCAAGUGGCUAUCAUGAGGAUAGAAUGCGCGGGGAUUAUUUGUUUAGAACCAUUCAAGAAGUUUGCUCAAAUGGGCAGAUUCACAUUAAGAGACGAGAAUAAAACGAUUGCGAUUGGUAAAGUCCUGAAGGUGAUCGAGUAAUUUGGCACUACAAUUUGUAAUUUAGCUAGGAUAGGCCUUUCCAAAACCUAUAUCAACAGAGAAUGCAUGUAAUAUGUAAUCCUGAAUUUUGGGAUCUGUAUCCUGUGAGAGCUCGAGUGAAUUGCUUUAUCAUGAUCACCAAAAAUACAUUUCCCAAUUUCUCAAUAUCAUAGAACAGCUAGGCUUUAUAUAAGAAUACUUACAGUCACAGCCUUAUAAGCGACACAUACUGAAAUCCUCACGAUGCUCUUACGUGUUUACAGUUACUUAUCAUUCAAGUGAUAUUUUGCUUUCAUGUUUAAGCUCGUAACUUAUGUGAACUAUUAUGUUGAUGUUGUUUGCUACCAAUGUAAAUAUUACGUUGGUCGACUUCGUUUGGUCUCACGGCCAUAUAUUUUAUUUAAUAUCCAUAAUUUAAAGAAAUGUAUUAUUCGUCCAUUCUUGUUGAGCAUCGCGUAGAAUUUGAGUAUUCAGACGCGUGAACAACGUUUGUAAGUUUACUACGAAUCGCUAUUAUAUAUUUUUUUCUGUGAAAAGCCGCAAUUGUUUUACUGUAACACUUCUAUUGUCAUAAAGCGCGAUGUGGUUUUCGAUGGAUAAGGCUCUCAUGUAAAUUGUUGGCAUGAUCAUCCACUUAGGGUCAGUAAGGGUAGUGGACACUCAUAAAUGUUCUUAUUAUUUUAAAUACAGAUUUUUUUAAUCGAACAAAAGUCGCUUCUUCACUACUCGACACUUUCACUAAGGUGCACUAAAUGUGGUGAUCACACUGACACAUAUUUAUACUAGUGAUAAAAAUAUUUUCACAUAUGGAUAUAAUGGUUAUUAUAAUACUGUUUCCUAUUUUAAAACAAAAUUAUGUUUUAUUUUAAUAGUCUGCUAUAAUUACAACACUGUUAAAGAUUUUCUUUUUCAGAGUAAACUGAACAUUUUAUUUGUGUAUAACAUCAUUGAUUUGGCUCGUUUCUGUUUUAAUGUUACUUAUUAUAAUCUUGCAAUAUUGUUUUAUCUAAUUAUGAUAAUAGAUUAUAAUUUAUUGCCUUAGUGGUUGGUACAAGGGCGAAAUAAAGGAAAUAUUUUCGUCGUAAUGCAGCAAUUAUUAUAUACUGUAACUAAAGCAGUUGUGAUGUCUCCCAACAUGAAGUGUAAUAUUUAUUAAAAUUUAAAGCAUAUAGACAACGUUAUAGUAUAUACAUAUAUAUAUAUAUUAGAACAAUUGGUACCGGACUUAUCCUAAAUAACGAUAUACGCGGAAGACUUAUCAAUAUUUGGAAAGCCCAUAAUUUUUACUCAUACAUAAAGUAUUAAUGUAGGAACAUAAUGAGAGUACUUAUGGAAAGAUGUAAAGAGGCUCGCCUCACCUCAGAAUCGUUAUGAUAAUGUAUAUUAUGAAUUUAUAAAUUGUCAGCUUUUUUAAUAUAAUCAGAUUUACAUCUAGGGGGCGAUUGUAUAAUGUCAAUAUUUUGUGUAUAUCAGUGGACAAGGCGUGAGGCGCACGUAGCCCUCGGUUGAGGCCGUGUGAGCCCUUGUGGCGAUCCGCUUUUCAGUAGACGGUAGAGAAGUGCGGCCCAGCGGCCCGGCGCGGCCAUGUCCGCCUCACGCGCGCCUCGACACCGAGCGAGCACUGGCAGGCUGCGACUAUAUUAUUUUGUUUAAAAUAAAAUUUUAUUAAUACCAUUGUACUUAUCUUUUUAACAACACCUGUUCAUGAAAUAUUAAUUCUAUGAUUUCACUCAACGCAGUAACCUGUAUCUUAACUUGCACACUUACAAGUGUAAGUAGAUGUAAGUUUUAAUGUCAAAAACUUAGUUAUUAUCAAAUAGGGUUGGUGUUUCUGAAAUAGCAAAAUUUCGGACAGCGCUUCUAUAAUAAGUACCAUUUUAUCUGUGCCUUUUAAGUAAUUAGUACACAUCAGGUAUUUGCAUAUUACACAAACAUGCCAUAGUCUUAAUUGAACAUAUUUGGCAUGUCAAUUAUGUCCCAGAACAAGCAAUAAAUAAAACAAUUUAUAUUUCUCUGCGUGUUAUGUUAUGUAAUUAAUAUAUUUUUGUAUAUCAGUUUGAUUACAGAUCAUGUUAUACUGGU